AAAUUAUCCUUUCUAGACUAUAGUCCUCUAGCUAAUCCUAAUCACUCUUGUGUUCUGGGUCUUGUGGCCUAGUAUCCACGUGCUACAACGAGGUGUACUGUUUUAACUCUGAUGUAAACAUUGUAUAUGCUACACUUUUGUCUUUCAUGAAUUAAUGAAGUUUCUAGAAAGGAUAGGACUUGUUGUUGUUGACAGUAUUUGCUCAGUAAGGAGGUUUAACUUAAGAUCUAUGGCAACCAACAGCUCAGCAAACGAUCAUUCUGUUGCGUUUGUAACGUGCCCGAAUGAGGACGUAGCAAAGAAGAUCGCCAGAGGGCUCGUUGAGAAGAAGCUUGCAGCCUGUGUUAACGUGAUUCCGAGGGUUACAUCAAUAUAUGUUUGGCAGGGCAGUGUGGAAGAGGAUUCGGAGAUUCUUCUUCGGCAGGAACUUGAGAAAUGGACAGACAAGGUCGAUGUUCCCUUGUUGCUGGCUGAAGAUUAAUCACCAGCUGGAUACUGCCUUCUGAAAAUAAAAACAAGAACAAGUAUUGUACCACAGUUAGCAGCCUUUGUUAG